AUGGGGAAGAAUCAAGCUUACAAGGCUAUGCAGAGAUCUAGGGUUGGCUCCAGCUCCGCGCAGCCGGAGGAGGUUGAAGACGGAAUGGUGGAUGGUUCAUUUCAUACACCAGAGUGGCAUGCGGCUCGUUUGGCUAGUCUCAAGACUACCCACACAAUUACUUGGGAAGAAUAUAAGCAGAAGCAAAAGGAUGAAGAAAUGAAAAAGGGGGAGCUUGAAGCUGAUACUGAUAAACUGAUGCGUGAGUAUAGAGCUCAGCUGGAUGCAGAAAGGGCCUUGAAACUCUCCAAGGGAAGGAACUAUUCUAGCGAUAAGUCCCGGAAAGAUAAGAAAGACAGAGAUUCGAAGAAGAAGAAAAGCAAGAAGAGAAAGCAUUAUUCGUCCUCAGAGUCGUCAUCUAGUAGUGAUGAAGAUGAAUCGAGAAGAUCAAGAUCAAGUUCUAGAAGAUCAAAGAAGGAGAAGAAGCACAGGUCCAGCAGAGACAAACACUCUAGCAAAAGUAAAGAUGAAACCGAUGGCCCUGUACCUCUCUCAAGAUUCUUUGACAAUCUUAAGGAUUGA